UCAGGAUCUUUUAGGGCUGGAAGUUGGACGCUGCAGACGCAAAGUUCGGAGUCUCUGGGUAAAAGACGCAACGCCCCGCUGUUCGGGACUGUCAACGAUAUACUCUAUAGGUGUAUGGCCCCGUAUUCCCAUACUAUGAAUACUGUCAAAGGGUCUCUUCCCCAAAAGAUAAAAGUAUACGAAAAGGAAGAUCCCGGACGAGAAAACUUCGAAGUAAAAGAUAUGGCAACUUCUAAAAGCUGCAAGGAAAAGGCGUCUAGCCUUCCUUUCAGUGUCGAGUCGCUAAUUUCGGACAAAGCUGUGUGUCGGAUUCAGUGUUCACCAACUAAGCCAGGCACCGAGCAACAACUACCACAAACAUCACAGAAGAGAGUUUGUUCAGAGAGAAUUUCAGUGGAGAGUGUUACUACAUUAUCGGACUGCAAGAAAAAAGAAAGCGAACAUCUCAGUGAUAGCGACCAAAGGUCUUGGCUUCAGACAUCUUACUCCGCAUCUUCACGACACUCGAGUCCACCCCCAUGCACCCUCAGGAAGCACAAGAACAACAGAAAACCGAGAACUCCGUUCACGACGUCUCAGCUGUUGGCCCUGGAGAGAAAGUUCCGGCAGAAGCAGUACCUUUCCAUAGCGGAGAGAGCAGAGUUUUCAAAUUCACUGAACCUCACUGAGACACAAGUCAAGAUCUGGUUCCAAAACAGAAGAGCCAAGGCAAAGAGACUUCAGGAGGCAGAGCUGGAAAAACUUAAACUUGCGAGCAAGCCGCUGGUACCUGCGUUUGCGUUUCCUUUCCCUCUGGGCACCCCAUCACUCUACGGACCUUCUGGCUCUUUUCAAAGGCCCACCUUACCGGUCCCCGGACUAUUCACCGGACCAGUAACAUACGGCAUGUAUUAUUUGUCAUAAGUAGGAAAUUCGCGUUGAUUGAUUUCGCCCCAUUAGAAAACUACACCUAUACGGAACGCACUAACUCCCAAACGCGAUUAAUGCCGGCCGUAAAAUACUAGACAGCACGUGUUUUUAUCAUAAUUUUUUUUUACAAUUUGCUGAAAUUUUAAAUACAUUCUAGAAAUAAUUUUAGCAGAAAUUAAUUUCUGAAAUAACUGUAUAUUGAAUCACUAAAUUAUGAGGUGCUUUGUUAAAAAAUCUUAAUCAUUCGUAUUUUUAUGCCCAGCUCGUGGUGAUUUGGAAUACCAUUCGAGCAUAGAUCGUUUACUGAAAUAUUUUUAUAUACAUUUUAUAUAUUAAAAACUCAACGCAGUUCGCAACCGAAUGCCUAGUUCUUCCACAUUACCAUGUGCCUAAGAGAUUUAAGCAUUUUAAAACAUUUAAGUUGCUGCCAAAAAGUGAGUUUAAAAUUAAGACGCUCCUAUUGAAUUUAAGAGCCGCUGACAAUUUAAAUACCAUGGUUUGUAUGAAUGUCACCUGUACUCCACCAUUUUUGAUAUACCCUUGUUUCACUGGUUUACUGUUUGAAUACCGAGAUGGAUGAACCAAACACUAUUUUUUUCACAGGACACUGCUAGGAUUAACUCCGAUAGCUAUGU